CGCCGAUCAGUUGUCGUCACAUGUCAGCGAAUCGUCUUUAUCUCGGCGAUUGCUGGUAGCUAUAUCAUUUUCCAUUUUAUUUUAAAGAUUGAAUGUAUUUAGAUUUCAAUGAUUUUGCCGUCUUCAGGGGAUCUCGAAGAUCCCCCCGCGACAACAUGGGCUCCGUGCUGCCCGCCGACGCUUUGGCUCUCAAGUCUGGAUUUAAGUGUCCCGGCCGCUCGCUGUCUGACGUGAUCACCUCGGACAUCCUGCACAGUUUCCUGUACGGCAGGUGGAGGAACGUCCUCGGGGAGCACCUGGCUGAGGAGCGGCCGAGCAGCGGCCACCGCACCGCCUUCACCGCCGAAGUACUGGCGCAGUCCUUCGCUGGAGAGGUGCAGAAGCUGUCCAGUCUGGUGCUGCCCACUGAGGUGAUCAUCGCGCAAAGCUCCAUCCCAGGAGAAGGUCUCGGCAUCUUCUCCAAGACAUGGAUCAAAGCUGGGACAGAAAUGGGGCCUUUCACUGGCAAGGUUCUGUCUCCGGAACACGUGGACCUGCUGAAGAACAACAACCUGAUGUGGGAGGUGUUCAAUGAAGAUGGCACAGUUCGGUACUUCAUCGACGCCAGUCAGGAGGACCAGCGCAGCUGGAUGACGUACAUCAAGUGUGCCCGGAACGAACAAGAGCAGAACCUGGAGGUGGUUCAGAUCGGCAGCAGCAUCUUUUACAAAGCUGUUGAGACCAUCCCUCCGGAUCAGGAGCUGCUCGUCUGGUACGGAAACACUCACAACACAUUCCUGGGAAUUCCUGGAGUCCCCGGCCUGGACGAGGAGCACCAGAAGAAAAACAGAAAUGAAGAUCCCCAGCAGUGUGACGGUUCCUCCUCGUGCUCGCCAUCUUCUUCCUCUUCAUCCUCUGGUCGGAUGCGCUGCGUCAUAUGCCACCGUGGCUUCAACUCCCGCAGCAACCUGCGCUCUCACAUGCGCAUCCACACCCUGGACAAGCCCUUCGUCUGCCGCUUCUGCAACCGCCGCUUCAGCCAGUCGUCGACGCUGCGGAACCACGUGCGCCUGCACACUGGCGAGCGUCCCUACAAGUGCCACGUCUGCCAGAGCGCCUACUCUCAGCUGGCGGGCCUGAGGGCACAUCAGAAGAGCGCUCGCCACAAGCCGGUGGUGACCGCCAGCGACCCUCCCAGUCAGGUGUCUCCCUCUCCGCCUCAGAUGACCGCGGUACCUCACCCGCACCAGAUGCCCAUGGUGCACCACAUCCCCACCAUGGUGCUAUGAUGACCAACACUCAGAGACACAAACAUGCACUUUAGAUCAGACGAAAACUCUCUUUGUGGAGCGAUGUGAUUGUGAGACAUCUGUUUCAUCUGUCAUGUGACCAAAAUUCCCACAGUUUUGUUGAUUGUAACUUGAGAUUAUAUCCUCGGUGCCAGUGUAGACUUUCUUAGGAUUUCACAUCUCACCAGCUCAGGUGAAGCAGACAAACAACCGUGGACUUCCGUUUCGGCCGUGUUUGUUCCACACUGUAUCGUCAAAUAGUCACUUUAAACUUGUACAGACCUGUGUAAUUGUAAAAUUGAAAAGUUG